CUCAGACACAUUAUAUAUCAACAGCCGCAUUCUCUUACCAGCCUAUCCACACAUUCUUGUAUUAAUUCCAGGUUGUAUUAUAUGCGUAUUUUUAUUGGAUCACUACGUUUUUUACAUCCUGUAAUAAUUGGCUGCUUAAUCAUCCAUGGAGAAUAUCGAAGUUCCUGAGUACUUCAUCUGUCCAAUUUCUCUUCAAAUCAUGAAAGAUCCAGUGACAGCCGUGUCCGGGAUCACAUACGACAGGGAGAGCAUCGAAAACUGGCUAUUCAAGAGCCACAACACGAUUUGCCCCGUCACCAAGCAGGGCCUGUCGAGACAGGCAGACUUGACACCGAACCACACCUUGCGUCGAUUAAUCCAGGCCUGGUGCAGUCUCAAUGCAGCUCAAGGGGUCGAGCUGAUCCCCAGCUCCGACCCCCCUCGCAUAAAGAUUCCUAUCGCCAAAUUGAUAAGGGAUCUCUAUCUGCCCAACCUGCGGAUCGAGACGCUGAGAGAAUUGGAAGCUCUUGCGCUGGAGAGCGAGAGAAGUAGGGUUUAUUUAGUCGAGGCUGGCCUAGCUAAUGCGCUGGUAUCGUUUAUCAUAUCACGUUAUAAAACAGGCGAAACGAAUGGCCUGGAAGAAGCUCUCCGUCUCCUCUACACCGUUCUUGCCCCGUUGAGUCAAUCCACGGGGCCCGUAACUGAAACCGGCGAAAUCGUCGAUUCUUUGAUGUGGGUCUUCGGGUGUGAUAACAAAGUAGUGAGAUCCCACGCAGCAUUUGCACUGAAAGUCGUAGUCCACAAGGCGAAUCCAGGCAUGCUGGAGAGACUGAAACCUGAAUUUUUCAGGAGGAUUUCGCAUUAUCUACGCGAAGCUGCAGGCAACAGCUCUAAACUAGAAACAAACUCCCUGCUGCACGUUCUGCUGGAAGGCUGUCCGUCGGGGAGGAAUCGGGCGGCGAUGGUGGAAUCAGGGACCGUUUUUGAUCUGAUCGAGGUGGAGCUUAGAGGCCCGGAGAAGAAAACCACAGAACUGGUGUUGGGAAUAUUAUACCACUUAUGUUCAAGCGCAGAUGGAAGGGCUCAGCUUCUCAGCCACGCCGCCGGGGUUGCGGUGGUGACGAGGCGGAUCCUGAAGGUUUCUCCUACUGCGGAUGAUAGAGCGGUGCUGAUCAUUGGGUUGGUAUCGAAGUACUCAGGGACAAGUGGGGUGCUUCAGGAAAUGUUGAGAGUUGGAACUGUGGCAAAGCUGUGUACGGUGAUGCAAGCGAAUUGUGCCUCGCAUCUGAAGGAGAAAGCUAGAGAAAUUCUUAGAGCACACUCUGAUGUGUGGAAAGAUUCUCCUUGUAUCGAAGUUGCUACCUUAACAAGGUGUACUAGGUGAUUCAUGAGAAACUCUAAAAUCAUAUUGGAUUUUGUCAGAUUUUUUAAUAACUAUACGACAUGUCUAUUAUAUUUAUCGUGUGAUUGAAG